AUGAACAGGGAAAACACAAUGAGUCCUUCAACAAGUCUUGACAAAUAUGAACAGGGAAAACCUGUUGACGAAUAUCGUGGAAUGAUUGGCUCCCUUCUUUAUCUAACUGCUACUCGGCCAGAUAUUAUGUUUAGUGUUAGUAAAUGUGCCAGGAUUCAGUCAGCUCCAAAAGAAUCACACCUGACUACAGUAAAAAGAAUUAUUCGAUAUCUCAUUGGAACUAUUUCUCACGAAUUAUGGUAUCCACACUCUAAAAAUUUUAAUCUAGAAGAUUUUUCAGAUGCUGAUCUUGCAGGUGAUAAGGAAGACAGAAAAAGCACCAGUGGAACAUGUCAAGUACUUGAAAAAGCACUGAUAUGUUGGAACAGUAAAAAGCAAGGAUCAGUUGCACUAUCCACAACUGAGGCUGAGUAUAUCGCCAUUGGACAAUGUUGUGCACAAUUACUAUGGAUGUCUCAUCAAUUGGUCAUUAAUAGAGCCUUCGAAUUCCCUCUCUUUUCCUAUCUUUUCACAUCAGUUACAUGGUUCAAGAAAGAAAACCCAAUCAUCAAGCCUGUUCAACUGACACCCUGUAACGACCCCGCCGGUCGUUACAGUGGUAUUGGAGUGAAUUGA